AUGGGUGAAGACAAUCACACCACAGUGAAAAAAAUCAUUUUAGCUGGAUUAACAGACCGUCCAGAGCUGCAGCUCCCUCUCUUUGUCACAUUUUUCCUCAUUUAUGUUAUGACUUUGCUGGGGAACUUGGGAAUAAUCAUGUUAAUCAGGAUCGACCUACAGCUCCACACACCCAUGUAUUUUUUUCUCAGCCAUUUGUCUUUUGUAGAUGCCUGUUAUUCAUCUACCAUUGCUCCAAAUAUGCUGGUCAAUUUCUUAAUGGAGAGAAAGGCCAUCACUUCCACUGGUUGUUUUACACAAUACAGCUUUUUUGUGGUGUUUGUCACCACUGAGAUGUUCCUUUUGGCUGUGAUGGCAUAUGACCGCUAUGUGGCCAUCUGUAAUCCACUGUUCUACACGGUCAUUAUGACUAAGAAGGUCUGUGUGAUGCUGGUGGCUGGGUCUUAUCUCUGGGGUUUGGUGAACUCUUUGGUACAAACAGGUGGUUUGUUAAGUUUGUCCUUUUGUGGCUCUAAUGUAAUCAACCACUUCUACUGUGAUCUCACCCCUCUCCUAAAACUGUCCUGCAGUGACAUCUUCAUUAAUAAGAUGCUACUUUUCAUCUUUGGCAGUUUGUUUGAAACAAGCACACUUCUGAUUAUAAUCAUGUCCUAUGUUCUCAUCAUUGUGGCCAUGCUGAGAAUUCGUUCAGUACAGGGAAGACAAAAAGCCUUUUCCACCUGUGCCUCCCACUUGAUGGCUGUCAGCAUAUUCCAUGGGACAAUUCUCUUCAUGUAUUUCAGACCCAGUUCCAACUAUUCAUUGGAUACAGAUAAAAUAGCCUCUAUUUUCUACACGUUAGUGAUCCCAAUGCUAAACCCUCUGAUCUACAGCCUCAGGAACAGGGAUGUGAAAUGUGCUGUCAGAAAAGUGAUGGAGAGAAAAGUGUUUACUCUAUGA